GUGUUGCGCUGAGAGGAAACAGUGUAGUGCCUGCUAUCCACGAACCGAUUCUGACUGAAGGUUGGACCUCUGUGUUGUGUUAUCUCUUCCAGAAACAUUCCCGCUACUAACGUUCAAUAUGCGUGAAAUUGUACAUCUCCAGGCUGGUCAGUGUGGUAACCAAAUUGGUGCCAAGUUUUGGGAAGUCAUUUCUGAUGAACAUGGAAUUGACCCCACUGGUACCUACCACGGUGACUCUGAUCUUCAGUUAGAAAGAAUCAAUGUGUAUUACAAUGAAGCAACCGGUGGCAAAUACGUUCCACGUGCAGUACUGGUGGAUUUGGAACCAGGUACCAUGGACUCCGUCCGAUCUGGUCCUUUCGGACAGAUUUUCAGACCAGACAACUUUGUAUUCGGUCAGAGUGGUGCUGGUAACAACUGGGCCAAAGGUCAUUACACAGAAGGUGCAGAGUUGGUAGAUUCCGUUUUAGAUGUUGUCCGCAAAGAAGCAGAGAGUUGUGAUUGCCUACAGGGCUUUCAGUUGACUCACUCUCUUGGUGGCGGUACUGGUUCUGGUAUGGGCACCCUACUCAUCAGCAAAAUCCGCGAAGAAUAUCCAGAUCGCAUAAUGAACACAUUCAGUGUUGUACCAUCACCAAAAGUAUCAGACACUGUUGUUGAACCAUAUAAUGCAACCCUUUCAGUCCAUCAACUUGUUGAGAACACCGAUGAAACCUACUGUAUUGACAAUGAAGCCCUCUACGAUAUCUGCUUCCACGGUGUCGGCUGUGAAGGAUUGUUACAGACGGUUCUAUCCACCGUUUCGUCCAGAUUUGAAAACUUUUGCCAUGAAGCUCUUAAUGUACCACCUGACCCCAAAUGA